ACAAAAUAUAAUCGAUAAAUUUAGGGAAAUUUUUAGAUAAAGUGCAAAAUGGUUGUGAAAUACUGAGGUAGACGUUUUAUCGAUAACAAUAUAUCUACGGAGAAUUAAAAGACUUAUUGCAGAUAAGGUAGUACAUCUAGUGAUGUCAUACUAUCAGAGCAAUUAUCCAUCUUAUGGUGGUGGGGGUGGCUAUGGUGGAUAUGGUGGAUAUUCUGGAUCUGGCCCCCCUCCACCACCCCAGGGAUAUGGAGGCUAUGGUGGCUAUGGAAACAGUUAUAGUGCCUACAAUGUAAACCAGUCUGCCUACAGUGGGUACCAGAUGGGAAGUGCUCCACCACCCCAAACAGGAGGAUACGGAGGAGGAGGAUAUGGCGCAAAUCCAUUCCAGGCCAUUCAAGGAUGCUACCAACAGUAUCAAAACAACCCACAAUAUCAACAACAGACGUGGCAGCCGCCUCCCCCUCCUCCUGCUCCCCAGGGGAUGGUGGACCAGUACAACCAGCAGAUGUACCAGAACCAAUGGUAUGCCCAGCAACAGAUGAAAGAGCGAAUAUCACAGGAAAUGGGUAUAAAGAGAAAGAAAGGAAAGAAAAAGAAGCAAAGAAAAGUCGAGGAAGAUGACACUGAAGAAGAGGAAGAAGAAGAUAAUGAAGAGGAAACUGAUCCAAAAGUUGAAGCUAUGUUGAAGGAAAAGUUACGCUCAGUUUACAUUGAUGAACUGAUGCGGCGCUUAAAAGUCUCUGGAACCCUGGACAUUACAGAGGGAACCAUUGGAUUUUAUCACACAUAUGGACCAACAGACCCAGUUGUAGAGUUCAUGGCCACAAAGGAUGAAGAUUUGACCAAAAAAAAGUGGAAUGCAGAAUAUGAUGUACAGUAUUUGAGAUCAGCUAUGAGAGGUUUGGGUACAAAUGAAGAUGCCAUAACACAUGUGAUAACUACCAGAAAUAAUGCCCAAAGACAGGAUUUGAAGAAGAAAUACAAGACUUCAUAUGGACGAGAUUUAAUUGAAGAUAUAGAAUCUGAAUUAAGUGGUGACUACAGAUCAGCAGUUAUGGCACUUUUUGUUCCCCCAGCUGUAUAUGAUGCAUAUUGCAUUAAGGAAGCUAUAUAUGGACCAGGGACAGAUGAGGCAAGCCUCAUUGAAAUUUUAAUGACUAGAACCAACCCACAGAUUAAUGAGCUGAGAAAAGUGUAUGGAGAUGUUGCCAGUCCACACAGAAAAGCCUCAGAUGCAUUGAUUGAAAAGGACAUUGAGGGUGAUACAAGUGGUGAUUUCAAACGACUUCUUGUAGCAGCAUCACAGGGUGAUCGCUAUGAAAUAACAAGAGAACAGUUAGAGGAAGCUGUUGAAGAGAUUACAGUGGAAGGGAACGGAACUGGCAUGUACAAUGUCAACUAUUCCAAGUUAGCAGAUAUGGGCCAGGCUAAAAGAGAUGCUGAAAAACUAUUCAAAGCAGGAGAGGAUAGAUGGGGAACAGAUGAAGAAGAAUUCAUUCGCAUCUUCUCAACAAGACAUUACUAUCAACUAAGGGCUACUUGGAAUGAAUAUGUUAAGUUGACUCAAAGAGACAUUACAAAUUCUGUUGACCGAGAAACUUCUGGUGACUUUAGAUCGGGCCUUAAAGCAAUUGCUCAAAAUAUCAAAUGCAGACCAAAAUACUUUGCAGAGCGCUUGAAAAAGGCAAUCAAAGGGCUAGGAACUGAUGACAAAACAUUGAUUCGUAUAGUUGUUUCCAGAGCAGAGAUUGAUAUGGUGCAGAUUAAGAAGGAAUUCCUGGAAAUGAAUAAACAAACCCUUUGGAAAUGGAUUCAGGAUGACACAAGCGGGGACUACCGAAAACUUUUAUGUGCUAUUGUUGGUAAAAAUUAAUCAUUUUUGGCAGAUUAAGCCAAAUGAAUAAAAACAAUGAUUUUUGUUUUGAUCUAUACAAACAAUGUCUCUGAUCUUUCAACAUCUUUUAUAUAAUUUUUAUGCUCAUAUUGACCUUUAGUUAUAGUUUAAAUUAGAGUAUGUGUAUAUUUUAGUGUAUAAUACCUUUAUUGACAUUUCAACUCAAAUCUUUGUUAAAAUGUGAUAUCAUCCAAUUGUACAUGGACCUUGAUAUACAUUGUUAUACUAAGGUUAAGUAUGAUUUUUCGCAAACAAACUCUGAGUAUGUACCAUGGAAUAACAAAAGAUCAUAUUCUUUUAGUAUUUCCAUUUCUUAUAGGAUUUUGCACUGUUUUAAUUUUAUGUAUGUUAUGAAAUAUGUCUUUAAUAUAUAUUGGGAAAAAUAAAUACACUCAUACAAAAAAG